AUGGUGAGCGACACAUUGAUUUUCCGGCCAAAAUAUCCAUACAAUUAUACAGACAUCAAAAGAAUCACCGGACGGUUCAGAAACAAACUAGGCCAUGGUGGAUUUGGUAAUGUAUACAGAGGAAGUUUGCGUAACGGGAGUGAAGUAGCAGUAAAGGUCCUGAAUGAACUAAAAGGCAGUGGUGAAGAUUUCAUUAACGAAGUGGCAAGUAUUAGCAGAACAUCACAUGUCAACAUUGUGAGCCUUGUGGGAUUUUGUUUUGAAGGUCACAAAAGAGCUCUUGUAUAUGAGUUCAUGCCAAAUGGAUCUCUUGAAAAGUUUAUCUAUGAGGAAAGAUCCGACAGUGUUCGCCAAUUAGGUUGGCCAAUAUUAUACAAAAUCGCACUAGGCAUUGCUCGAGGAUUGGAGUACUUGCAUCGUGGUUGUAACACUCGGAUAUUGCUUGAUAUAAAGCCUCAUAAUAUCCUACUUGAUGACAACUUAUGUCCUAAAAUCUCUGAUUUUGGUCUUGCCAAAUUGUGCAUGAAACAGGAGAGUAUUGUGUCAAUGUUAGGUCCACGAGGGACUAUCGGUUAUAUUGCUACAGAAAUUGUUUGUAGAAACUUGGGAGGUGUCUCUCACAAGUCUGAUGUCUAUAGCUAUGGAAUGAUGGUCCUAGAGAUGGCUGGAGGAAGAAAAAAUGUUGACGUUGGAGUUGAUCGUAGGAGUGAAAUCUACUUUCCACAUUGGCUCUAUCGACGAAUUGAACUAGACGAAGAGCUUCAACUAAUCGGGAUAAUGAAUGAAGAGGAGAAUGAAUGUGCAAGAAAGAUGGUGAUAGCGAGUUUAUGCUGUAUACAGACUGAUCCCGCAAAUCGACCAUCGAUGAGCAAGGUUGUGGAAAUGUUAGAAGGGAAACUAGACUCUUUGCAAAUGCCUCCCAAGCCUUAUCUAUAUUCUCCCUCAAGAUCAGAGGCAGAUUCAUCAAUAAUAGAACUGACAACAACAACGUACCCAGUAUAGUCCCACAAGUGGGGUGUGACUUCAU